CCAUGAUACAUUGCGGUCUUUGACCCCUGUAUCCGACGAGGACUUCCGCUUCUCUCCGACUGCUUGUUGUUUUGAGGCGUGAAAGAGAGAAAAAGGAGCAUUUCAACUACACAGUUAACUACGAUUUAACACAAUGGCUGUAGACGGUUGUGGGUUGUGAGCAGCAGUGAGUGUCCUCUACUCCAGCACCUCCAGAGCACCAGCAGCAGCCCGCCACCCAUCCAGACAUCUCAACCCCCCCUCCCUCAGCCAGACCCCCCCCAGCGGGGUGACAACCCACCAGCAUGGAGGCCUCCUUCGGCCCCACCUUCUCAGCCGUGGUUCCUGGAGCUAAAACGGAAGCCUCCGGUACCUACAAGCAGCACCGCCGUACCCCCUCCUCCUCCAGUACCCUCACAUACUCGCCACGAGACGACGAGGAUGGCAUGCUCCCCAUCAGCACCCCGAGGCGUUCUGACUCUGCCAUCUCGGUGCGUUCCCUUCUCUCUGAGUCCAACAUGUCUCUCCGCUCGACCUUCUCUCUUCACGAGGACGACGACGACACGGAGCCCCUGGUGUUUGCAGAGCAGCCGUCGGUGAAGCUGUGUUGUCAGCUCUGCUGCAGCGUCUUCAAAGACCCUGUCAUCACCACCUGUGGGCACACCUUCUGCAGGCGAUGUGCCUUGACCUCCGAUAAGUGUCCGGUGGACACGGCUAAGUUGACGGUGGUGGUGAACAACAUAGCCGUAGCAGAACAGAUAGGAGAGCUGUUUAUCCACUGUAAAUACGGCUGCCGGCUCUUAAACACCAGCCCCACUUCCCCUAACGGGGCCGGAGGAGGGGCUUCCCCUAACGGGGCCGGAGGAGGCACUGCUGCUAGUCGGGGUGAAGGGACACCUAAGAUGGGAGGACCUGGGAACUUUGAGGUUGAUCCAAUGGGCUGUCCUUUUACCAUCAAGCUCACCACACGCAAGGAGCACGAGGUGAGCUGUGACUACCGUCCAGUGCGCUGUCCCAACAACCCCUCCUGCCCUCCUCUCCUCACCAUGAACCUGGAGGGACACCUUAAGGAAUGUGAACACAUCAAGUGCCCUCACUCCAAAUACGGAUGUGCGUUUAUCGGUAACCAGGAUACAUAUUCCACACACCUGGACCUGUGUAAGUUUGAAGGGCUGAAGGAGUUCCUGCAGCAGACAGAUGACAGGUUCCAUGAGAUGCAGGUGACCCUGUCUCAGAAGGACCAGGACAUUGCCUUCCUGAGGUCCAUGUUGGGGAAACUGUCUGAGAAACUGGACCAGCUGGAGAAGAACCUGGAACUGAAGUUUGAUGUCCUGGAUGAGAACCAGAGUAAGCUGAGUGAAGACCUGAUGGAGUUUAGGAGAGAUGCCUCCAUGCUCAACGAUGAGUUGUCCCACAUCAACGCCAGACUCAACAUGGGCAUCCUGGGCUCCUACGACCCCCAGCAGAUCUUUAAAUGUAAAGGGACGUUCGUAGGUCACCAGGGGCCAGUCUGGUGUCUGUGUGUCUACUCUACAGGGGACCUGCUCUUCUCUGGGUCCUCGGACAAGACCAUCAAGGUGUGGGAUACCUGCACCACCUAUAAAUGUCAGAAGACUCUGGAGGGUCAUGAUGGAAUCGUGCUGGCACUGUGUAUACAGGGGAACAGACUGUAUAGUGGCUCAGCUGACUGCACCAUCAUAGUGUGGGACGUCCAGACCCUGCAGAAGGUGAACACAAUCCGUGCCCAUGACAACCCGGUGUGUACGCUGGUGUCCUCCCACAGCAUGCUGUUCAGCGGAUCCCUCAAGGCCAUCAAGGUGUGGGACAUAGUGGGGACAGAGUUGAAGCUGAAGAAGGAGUUAACGGGACUGAACCACUGGGUUCGUGCUCUGGUGGCCUCUCAGAACCACCUCUACAGUGGAUCGUACCAGACCAUCAAGGUAGGAGGACAGGAAGUGUGGUGUGUCAUCAUAGUUAAAGCAUGGGGAUGUGUGGUUGUACUUGGCUACAGUUACUAA